AUGCAAAAAGACGAGGAUGGCUUCUACACGCCAGUCGCAGGUGCCGUCGAUCCACCUGUGGCAUUGGCUGCAUCAAAUCCUGAGGAGGAAAAACCUGGCGUGAACAGCGACCUCAUCCAGUCGACUUUUGAAGUCACGGUCACUCUCGCAGAUCAACAGCUAGACCCGAACUCCCCCCUUUACAGCGCAAAGACCUUUGAGGAGCUUGGACUGCAAGCAGACCUGCUGAAAGGAAUUUAUGACAUGGGCUUCUCAAAACCUUCCAAGAUCCAAGAACGUGCUCUUCCCUUGCUGCUUUCGAAUCCGCCAACGAACAUGAUUGGUCAAUCUCAAUCGGGUACAGGGAAAACGGCAGCCUUCGUUCUCACUAUGCUGAGUCGCGUUGAUUUUUCGCUCAACAAACCUCAGGCACUGUGUCUAGCGCCUUCGCGUGAACUUGCUCGCCAAAUCAUGUCUGUUGUUGUUGCGAUGGGUAAAUUCACGAAUGUGCAAACGGAAUACGCAAUAAAGGACAACCUUCCACGAAAUGCCACCAAUGUCACCGCCCAGAUCAUAGUUGGCACACCGGGAACCAUGACGGAUCUCAUGAGGCGCAAGGUUAUUGACGUCACACAUAUUAAAGUAUUCGUGUUGGACGAAGCCGACAAUAUGUUGGAUCAAGAUGGUUUGGGCGAUCAAACCCUCAGGGUGAAAAACCUCCUCCCUCGUGGAAGCCCAGUCCAAAUCAUCCUGUUUUCCGCUACGUUCCCAGAUCAUGUCCGUUCAUUCGCAGCCAACUUCGCGCCCAACGCAAACAAGAUCGAGCUGCAAAAAGAGGAGUUGAGCGUGGAAGGUAUCCGACAAUUUUACAUGGACUGCAGAAACGAAGAGCACAAAUACGAUAUUCUGGUUUCUCUCUACUCCCUUUUGACCAUCGGCCAAAGCAUCAUUUUCUGUCAGCAUCGACAUACCGCCGACCGUAUUUCUCAGCGCAUGACGGCGGAAGGUCACAAGGUGGCAUCUCUACACGGAGCCAAAGAUGCUGCUGAACGCGAUGCCAUUAUUGACCAUUUCCGCGAGGGACGAGAUAAAGUUCUCAUCACCACCAACGUCAUCGCCAGGGGUAUCGACAUUCUCCAAGUGAAUAUGGUGGUAAAUUAUGAUCUUCCCCUUAUGAACGAGCGUGAGAAGGGAGGGGACGGGAUACCUGACAUUGAGACGUACAUUCACCGAAUUGGUCGGACGGGUCGUUUUGGACGCAAGGGUAUUUCAAUAAACUUUGUCCACGACAAGAAGACAUGGUUGCAGAUGGAACAGAUAGAGAAAGCACUUGGGAGGAAAAUCAUUCGUAUAGAGACGAACGAUUUGGAUGAGAUGGAGGAGAAAAUGAAGAAGGCGCUAAAAUAG